AUGAUGGUGAAAGAAAAAGUCGCUGAAGAGGAUAUUUCCUGUGUUGGAGACAGACUGAGCCAUGAUUUAGUGCAAGUGAAAGGCUGGGGAAAGAGGAAUAUAUGUGAGAUCAACCAGGAUCUCAGGCUCUUACCCAACAUCACCCUGGGCUACAACCUCUAUGAGAACUAUGCAGACGCAAGGAUGACUUCAGAUGCUAUGCUAGAGCUGCUUACAGGCAGUGGAAGCAAUAUUCCCAAUUAUCACUGUGGAGAUCCAAAUGAUCUGCUAGUUGUUCUUGAAAGGGGAAAUGCUGCCAUCUCAAAAGAGAUUUCAGCCAUGUCAAGCAUCUACAAAAUCCCACAGCAUGUGUUGUCUGUGAAAGGCCGGACAAGAUGCAGAGAGGAGGAGAACCUGGAGGCUCUGCCGCAAGAGGAGCUGGAGAGAGCCCUGUCUCAAGACAGCUACAGCACUUACAUCAAUGCUCAAGCUGUGGCUCAGGCCUUCAAUACAGAACAUUGCACCAAAUGCCCAGAAGAUCAGCAUCCAAACAAGGAGAGAGAUCAAUGUGUCCCCAAGAUUGUGACCUUCCUGGCUUAUGAAGAACAUUUGGGGAUUAUAUUAGCUUGCAUUGCCUUCUUCUUGUCUUUAGCAACAGGCAUCGUAUUAGGAAUCUUCAUUAAAUACAAAGAAACUCCACUAGUCAAAGCCAACAACCGGAACCUCUCCUACAUCCUGCUCAUAUCUCUCCUGCUUUCCUUUUUGUCCUCCUUCCUCUUCAUUGGGCAACCAAUAAUAAUGACCUGCCUUCUCCAACAAAUGGCCUUCAGCAUAAUCUUCUCUGUUGCUGUUUCUUCUGUCUUGGCAAAGACCAUCACAGUGGUGCUGGCAUUCCUGGCCACAAAGCCAGGAAACAAUGUGAGGAGAUGGCUGGGGAAGACUCUGGCCAACUCCAUUGUCAUUUCCUGUUCUGGUGUCCAAGUUCUCAUCUGCACCAUCUGGCUGGGCUCUUCUCCCCCAUUCCCAGAGUCUGACAUGCACUCCCAGGUGGAAAAGAUAAUGCUGCAAUGCAACGAAGGCUCUGUGGCCAUGUUUUAUGUUGCCCUUGGCUACCUGGGCUUCCUGGCUGCCAUCUGCUUUGCUCUGGCUUUCCUAGCCAGGAAGCUGCCUGGCUCCUUCAAUGAAGCCAAGCUGAUCACCUUCAGCAUGCUGGGCUUCUGCAGUGUUUGGAUAUCUUUUGUGCCUACCUACCUGAGCACCAAGGGAAAGUACAUGGUGGCCGUGCAGAUCUUCUCUAUCUUAGCCUCCAGUGCUGGGCUCCUGGGCUGCAUCUUCCUUCCCAAGUGCUACAUUAUUGUGCUGAGGCCUGAUCUCAAUGCAAAGGAGCACCUGACAACAAGAACUUAA